CCUCUCGCUGAAACGAAGGGGGUUAUCAGCUAUGGUUUCGAAAAGGUAGUCCUUAAGGUCUACCAAAGCGAUGCCAGAGCGGAUGCCUCUGCACAUCCGGAGGUGCGGGAGGAAGAAGGGCCCACAGCUGAGGAAGCUCCUGUGGACAUGGAGAUAGACUCCGUCAAGUCGGAGGUUGACAGUGCUGGUGACGCUCCAUCACGACCAGGGUCCGUCAUAAGCAUCGGGUCAUUCUUCGACAAGGCGGAGGAGGAGAGGCUUCUGGCCUCGGAAAGUGAGGACAGCGUCCUUGGGAUGCUGGAGAGGAUUAUCGAAGAUGAUUAUUCUUCAGAUAAAUCUUCAGCAUUCUAAGGUGGCGUCCGCCAAUCUAUUGCUCCACCUUGAACAAGGUGGAGUUGAUAUAGUUCUGAUUCAGGAACCGUGGCUGAGCAGCAGCGGCAUUUCUGGACUCAGGAAGGAACUUAAUGCAUUUAUUUUGCCUAAUUUUAGCAAUGAAGACAUUGUGACUGUGAGCCUAGAGGGCCCUGCGGGAAAGCUAUGGCUGAUGUCGGCCUAUAUGGCGCAUGAGGACGAGGUGGAGCCACCUCCGAUGAUGCUGAGGGAAGCCCUGGCUGAAGCGAGGCGCAGGAAAACCGGCGUUAUUGUAGGGACGGAUGCAAACUCCCACCGUACCUGUUGGGGAAGUUCCAACAUAAAUGCAAGAGUUGAUCCAGUAAUGAGUUCUGAGGGACACCGCAAUAAAACUUUUUUAUGAGACGUCCGCGAAGAUUCGCUGCCACCAACUCAUUUCUUAAUAAAAAUCAAUGAAAAUUUCACACAAUAUUCUUUAAAUAUGACUUUAUAAUGAAGUAAUUUUAAAAUUUUGAAUAAAUCAACUGUGUCGACAAAAAAAAUGUCGAAAAAUAUGCUUGUUUUACACCGAAUUAACCAUACUACCCCCUUAAGUCUCCCUCAGGAUGGGAACUGUAUAAAGUAGGACUUGGAAUCUAUAAGUCCGAAAUUAGGAAGGCCAAGAGAGACUCUUGGAGGAACUUCUGUGGAAGCGUGGAGGGCUGUCAUGAGUGUUCAAGAUUCAGACGAAUACUCACGAGGAGUUCGGCUCCCUUGGGAUACCUGCGGGAUGAAUCAGGAUGUUGGGCGAUGAGCGGCGAGGAAGCACUAAAACUGCUUCUCGACGCUCAUUUUCCAACGAAUCCGGUAUUUAGCGGCACUAGCUUGGGAAGUACACCAACCUGUCUUCAGAACCGGGGCUGGCUGUUGGAUGAGUACCGCUUGGCUUGGGCCAUUGGCUCCUUCGGGGCCUUCAAGUCGCCUGGUCCUGAUGGCAUCAUACCUGCCCAACUGCAGAAAUCUGCAUCUGCAGAUCUAAGGAUUUUAGGCCAAUCAGUCUCUCAUCUUUUUUGCUGAAAACCCUUGAGAGGUUGAUUGACCUACACAUAAGGAGCGAAAUUCCUCGGGGGCGU